AUUCCUGCUUCUACACUGGAGCAAGCCCUCGGGAUGUUUUCCACUAUGGUCCCCAACAGCGCCAAUGAACAAACAAGGUCAAACAUUCUUGAGGCUCUUGGAGAGGUGGUAAUCGCCAACUUCAGCCAAACACAACUGGAGGAUCCAGAUUUUGUCAGCAGGUGGUUCCAGACAAACCUCCGUGCAUUACUGACCUCUCCAUCCACGAACUUCCUGUUCUGUCUCAGCUCCAGAAACUUCAGCUGCGCCACAUACCCCAUUGUCAUUCAGGCAUUCAACAGCAUAUUUGAAUCCCUGGACACAGAAGAACGGCAAGCAGUUGUGACUCACUUCAGCGUCCCAUUCCUUUCGAGAAACGACUCGUCAGACCCUGGCUGUGUCUUGGCUAGCGCAGACACUCGACAGUGGAUACAGACAAACUUUGACAGGUUCUCUCAAUUUGGAGAGCUGCAGGUUUUCCAGACCCUCAACCCAACUUUCAGCAGUGAGGAGGUCCUGGAACUACUCACGCCUGUUCAGCUGGCAGACGUGGUGGGGACUUCAGUGGACCCCAAUGACACAGCAAUAUUUGAUGAUGUCUUUGACCAGCUUGAAGAUGGCAAUGCCCUGGAAAAUGUGGAAGCAUUCUGCACAAGAGUGAUAGAGACUGACCUGGCCCAAGACUUGUCACCUCCAGUGAGAGACAGAGUGAUGAAUAGGACAUUCGACAUCAUCGGCCCUGCCUUGCCGAGCUUCAACCAAAGCCGCCUAAUUCUUUGGUUCCGUACGCUAUUGGUUCCAUUCCUUCCCAGUUUCACACCAGAGAUGCUCAGAAACACGACCAGGGGCAUGAACUGCACUAACUACCAUAUAGUUGCCGGUGCCGUGGGCAGUGUUGCCAGCCAGGUGUCCGUGACAAGGCAACAAGAGUUCUUCCAGGUCCUCUGGGCUUUCCUGAACAAUGCUACCGAUGUCAUCAACACACCAGGUUGCAGGGUGGGAAUUGCCAAUGACGCUGAGUUUCUUGCUACAAACCUGGGUCCGUUUUUAAUAUUCGCAUCGUACUCUCAACUCAGAGUCUUCAACCUCUCUGUGCUGGAAGUUGUGGACAGCCUGUCACCGCGCCAGCGAUCGGAACUUUUCCUGGAUCCAGACACUGGUGCUUUGGAGAACCAGACGGUGGCGGAUGCAGUGUUGACAAGCUUUCUGGAGUCCCCCGAUGAUCAAGCGCUCACUGAGUAUUUCCAGAAUUUCACAGUCAUCAGCCAGCAGCAAAACCUGACCCUAAUCACAAACCCAGCUGUGAGAAACACCGUCCUGAAUCGGACCCUGACAGCCUUGGCUCCUCAACUGGAAAACUUUGGACCUGAAGACUAUCAGCUAUGGUUCCAGGUGUAUUUGACCCCUGUACUGGCCAGCCUCCGUCCCAACGACUUGCUCGUAAUCCCCAGGAACAUCAGCUGUCAAUCAUAUGACGAGAUACUGACUGGUUUGAGGAGAGCCUUGUUCUCCCUGCCACUGGAAAUUUCAGACAACCUGAGAACAAGCAUACAGUCGCUCAUGGAAAUGUUCACACGUUGUGCAGUACCAGCUUCAUUCAUGUGCCAACUCACGCCUGUCAAUGAGGACCUCAUCUGUGGUGGACUCAACAGAACAAAACUCAAUGAAACAUUCUCAAGUGAGGAUUCACCGGUAUCCGUGUGCAACUUCACCAUCCGUCAACAUGCCUGUUCCUCGGCUGCACACCUCACUGCCACCAAUUUGGCCACACUGUUGGUAUGCUCCCUGCAAAGGAGGGAGUCUGACGUUGUGGAAUUGUGGAAACUUCUCCUACAAAAGAUUCCUGCUUCUACACUGGAGCAAGCCCUCGGGAUGUUUUCCACUAUGGUCCCCAACAGCGCCAAUGAACAAACAAGGUCAAACAUUCUUGAGGCUCUUGGAGAGGUGGUAAUCGCCAACUUCAGCCAAACACAACUGGAGGAUCCAGAUUUUGUCAGCAGGUGGUUCCAGACGAACCUCCGUGCAUUACUGACCUCUCCAUCCACGAACUUCCUGUUCUGUCUCAGCUCCAGAAACUUCAGCUGCGCCACAUACCCCAUUGUCAUUCAGGCAUUCAACAGCAUAUUUGAAUCCCUGGACACAGAAGAACGGCAAGCAGUUGUGACUCACUUCAGCGUCCCAUUCCUUUCGAGAAACGACUCGUCAGACCCUGGCUGUGUCUUGGCUAGCGCAGACACUCGACAGUGGAUACAGACAAACUUUGACAGGUUCUCUCAAUUUGGAGAGCUGCAGGUUUUCCAGACCCUCAACCCAACUUUCAGCAGUGAGGAGGUCCUGGAACUACUCACGCCUGUUCAGCUGGCAGACGUGGUGGGGACUUCAGUGGACCCCAAUGACACAGCAAUAUUUGAUGAUGUCUUUGACCGGCUUGAAGAUGGCAAUGCCCUGGAAAAUGUGGAAGCAUUCUGCGCAAGAGCCAUAGAGACUGACCUGGCCCAAGACUUGUCACCUCCAGUGAGAGACAGAGUGAUGAAUAGGACAUUCGACAUCAUCGGCCCUGCCUUGCCGAGCUUCAACCAAAGCCGCCUUAUUCUUUGGUUCCGUACGCUAUUGGUUCCAUUCCUUCCCAGUUUCACACCAGAGAUGCUCAGAAACACGACCAGGGGCAUGAACUGCACUAACUACCAUAUAGUUGUCGGUGCAGUGGGCAGUGUUGCCAGCCAGGUGUCCGUGACAAGGCAACAAGAGUUCUUCCAGGUCCUCUGGGCUUUCCUGAACAAUGCUACCGAUGUCAUCAACACACCAGGUUGCAGGGUGGGAAUUGCCAAUGACGCUGAGUUUCUUGCUACAAACCUGGGUCCGUUUUUAAUAUUCGCAUCGUACUCUCAACUCAGAGUCUUCAACCUCUCUGUGCUGGAAGUUGUGGACAGCCUGUCACCGCGCCAGCGAUCGGAACUUUUCCUGGAUCCAGACACUGGUGCUUUGGAGAACCAGACGGUGGCGGAUGCAGUGUUGACAAGCUUUCUGGAGUCCCCCGAUGAUCAAGCGCUCACUGAGUAUUUCCAGAAUUUCACAGUCAUCAGCCAGCAGCAAAACCUGACCCUAAUCACAAACCCAGCUGUGAGAAACACCGUCCUGAAUCGGACCCUGACAGCCUUGGCUCCUCAACUGGAAAACUUUGGACCUGAAGACUAUCAGCUAUGGUUCCAGGUGUAUUUGACCCCUGUACUGGCCAGCCUCCGUCCCAACGACUUGCUCGUAAUCCCCAGGAACAUCAGCUGUCAAUCAUAUGACGAGAUACUGACUGGUUUGAGGAGAGCCUUGUUCUCCCUGCCACUGGAAAUUUCAGACAACCUGAGAACAAGCAUACAGUCGCUCAUGGAAAUGUUCACACGUUGUGCAGUACCAGCUUCAUUCAUGUGCCAACUCACGCCUGUCAAUGAGGACCUCAUCUGUGGUGGACUCAACAGAACAAAACUCAAUGAAACAUUCUCAAGUGAGGAUUCACCGGUAUCCGUGUGCAACUUCACCAUCCGUCAACAUGCCUGUUCCUCGGCUGCACACCUCACUGCCACCAAUUUGGCCACACUGUUGGUAUGCUCCCUGCAAAGGAGGGAGUCUGACGUUGUGGAAUUGUGGAAACUUCUCCUACAAAAGAUUCCUGCUUCUACACUGGAGCAAGCCCUCGUGAUGUUUUCCACUAUGGUCCCCAACAGCGCUAAUGAACAAACAAGGUCAAACAUUCUUGAGGCUCUUGGAGAGGUGGUAAUCGCCAACUUCAGCCAAACACAACUGGAGGAUCCAGAUUUUGUCAGCAGGUGGUUCCAGACGAACCUCCGUGCAUUACUGACCUCUCCAUCCACGAACUUCCUGUUCUGUCUCAGCUCCAGAAACUUCAGCUGCGCCACAUACCCCAUUGUCAUUCAGGCAUUCAACAGCAUAUUUGAAUCCCUGGACACAGAAGAACGGCAAGCAGUUGUGACUCACUUCAGCGUCCCAUUCCUUUCGAGAAACGACUCGUCAGACCCUGGCUGUGUCUUGGCUAGCGCAGACACUCGACAGUGGAUACAGACAAACUUUGACAGGUUCUCUCAAUUUGGAGAGCUGCAGGUUUUCCAGACCCUCAACCCAACUUUCAGCAGUGAGGAGGUCCUGGAACUACUCACGCCUGUUCAGCUGGCAGACGUGGUGGGGACUUCAGUGGACCCCAAUGACACAGCAAUAUUUGAUGAUGUCUUUGACCGGCUUGAAGAUGGCAAUGCCCUGGAAAAUGUGGAAGCAUUCUGCGCAAGAGCCAUAGAGACUGACCUGGCCCAAGACUUGUCACCUCCAGUGAGAGACAGAGUGAUGAAUAGGACAUUCGACAUCAUCGGCCCUGCCUUGCCGAGCUUCAACCAAAGCCGCCUUAUUCUUUGGUUCCGUACGCUAUUGGUUCCAUUCCUUCCCAGUUUCACACCAGAGAUGCUCAGAAACACGACCAGGGGCAUGAACUGCACUAACUACCAUAUAGUUGCCGGUGCCGUGGGCAGUGUUGCCAGCCAGGUGUCCGUGACAAGGCAACAAGAGUUCUUCCAGGUCCUCUGGGCUUUCCUGAACAAUGCUACCGAUGUCAUCAACACACCAGGUUGCAGGGUGGGAAUUGCCAAUGACGCUGAGUUUCUUGCUACAAACCUGGGUCCGUUUUUAAUAUUCGCAUCGUACUCUCAACUCAGAGUCUUCAACCUCUCUGUGCUGGAAGUUGUGGACAGCCUGUCACCGCGCCAGCGAUCGGAACUUUUCCUGGAUCCAGACACUGGUGCUUUGGAGAACCAGACGGUGGCGGAUGCAGUGUUGACAAGCUUUCUGGAGUCCCCCGAUGAUCAAGCGCUCACUGAGUAUUUCCAGAAUUUCACAGUCAUCAGCCAGCAGCAAAACCUGACCCUAAUCACAAACCCAGCUGUGAGAAACACCGUCCUGAAUCGGACCCUGACAGCCUUGGCUCCUCAACUGGAAAACUUUGGACCUGAAGACUAUCAGCUAUGGUUCCAGGUGUAUUUGACCCCUGUACUGGCCAGCCUCCGUCCCAACGACUUGCUCGUAAUCCCCAGGAACAUCAGCUGUCAAUCAUAUGACGAGAUACUGACUGGUUUGAGGAGAGCCUUGUUCUCCCUGCCACUGGAAAUUUCAGACAACCUGAGAACAAGCAUACAGUCGCUCAUGGAAAUGUUCACACGUUGUGCAGUACCAGCUUCAUUCAUGUGCCAACUCACGCCUGUCAAUGAGGACCUCAUCUGUGGUGGACUCAACAGAACAAAACUCAAUGAAACAUUCUCAAGUGAGGAUUCACCGGUAUCCGUGUGCAACUUCACCAUCCGUCAACAUGCCUGUUCCUCGGCUGCACACCUCACUGCCACCAAUUUGGCCACACUGUUGGUAUGCUCCCUGCAAAGGAGGGAGUCUGACGUUGUGGAAUUGUGGAAACUUCUCCUACAAAAGAUUCCUGCUUCUACACUGGAGCAAGCCCUCGUGAUGUUUUCCACUAUGGUCCCCAACAGCGCCAAUGAACAAACAAGGUCAAACAUUCUUGAGGCUCUUGGAGAGGUGGUAAUCGCCAACUUCAGCCAAACACAACUGGAGGAUCCAGAUUUUGUCAGCAGGUGGUUCCAGACGAACCUCCGUGCAUUACUGACCUCUCCAUCCACGAACUUCCUGUUCUGUCUCAGCUCCAGAAACUUCAGCUGCGCCACAUACCCCAUUGUCAUUCAGGCAUUCAACAGCAUAUUUGAAUCCCUGGACACAGAAGAACGGCAAGCAGUUGUGACUCACUUCAGCGUCCCAUUCCUUUCGAGAAACGACUCGUCAGACCCUGGCUGUGUCUUGGCUAGCGCAGACACUCGACAGUGGAUACAGACAAACUUUGACAGGUUCUCUCAAUUUGGAGAGCUGCAGGUUUUCCAGACCCUCAACCCAACUUUCAGCAGUGAGGAGGUCCUGGAACUACUCACGCCUGUUCAGCUGGCAGACGUGGUGGGGACUUCAGUGGACCCCAAUGACACAGCAAUAUUUGAUGAUGUCUUUGACCGGCUUGAAGAUGGCAAUGCCCUGGAAAAUGUGGAAGCAUUCUGCGCAAGAGCCAUAGAGACUGACCUGGCCCAAGACUUGUCACCUCCAGUGAGAGACAGAGUGAUGAAUAGGACAUUCGACAUCAUCGGCCCUGCCUUGCCGAGCUUCAACCAAAGCCGCCUAAUUCUUUGGUUCCGUACGCUAUUGGUUCCAUUCCUUCCCAGUUUCACACCAGAGAUGCUCAGAAACACGACCAGGGGCAUGAACUGCACUAACUACCAUAUAGUUGUCGGUGCAGUGGGCAGUGUUGCCAGCCAGGUGUCCGUGACAAGGCAACAAGAGUUCUUCCAGGUCCUCUUGGCUUUCCUGAACAAUGCUACCGAUGUCAUCAACACACCAGGUUGCAGGGUGGGAAUUGCCAAUGACGCUGAGUUUCUUGCUACAAACCUGGGUCCGUUUUUAAUAUUCGCAUCGUACUCUCAACUCAGAGUCUUCAACCUCUCUGUGCUGGAAGUUGUGGACAGCCUGUCACCGCGCCAGCGAUCGGAACUUUUCCUGGAUCCAGACACUGGUGCUUUGGAGAACCAGACGGUGGCGGAUGCAGUGUUGACAAGCUUUCUGGAGUCCCCCGAUGAUCAAGCGCUCACUGAGUAUUUCCAGAAUUUCACAGUCAUCAGCCAGCAGCAAAACCUGACCCUAAUCACAAACCCAGCUGUGAGAAACACCGUCCUGAAUCGGACCCUGACAGCCUUGGCUCCUCAACUGGAAAACUUUGGACCUGAAGACUAUCAGCUAUGGUUCCAGGUGUAUUUGACCCCUGUACUGGCCAGCCUCCGUCCCAACGACUUGCUCGUAAUCCCCAGGAACAUCAGCUGUCAAUCAUAUGACGAGAUACUGACUGGUUUGAGGAGAGCCUUGUUCUCCCUGCCACUGGAAAUUUCAGACAACCUGAGAACAAGCAUACAGUCGCUCAUGGAAAUGUUCACACGUUGUGCAGUACCAGCUUCAUUCAUGUGCCAACUCACGCCUGUCAAUGAGGACCUCAUCUGUGGUGGACUCAACAGAACAAAACUCAAUGAAACAUUCUCAAGUGAGGAUUCACCGGUAUCCGUGUGCAACUUCACCAUCCGUCAACAUGCCUGUUCCUCGGCUGCACACCUCACUGCCACCAAUUUGGCCACACUGUUGGUAUGCUCCCUGCAAAGGAGGGAGUCUGACGUUGUGGAAUUGUGGAAACUUCUCCUACAAAAGAUUCCUGCUUCUACACUGGAGCAAGCCCUCGUGAUGUUUUCCACUAUGGUCCCCAACAGCGCUAAUGAACAAACAAGGUCAAACAUUCUUGAGGCUCUUGGAGAGGUGGUAAUCGCCAACUUCAGCCAAACACAACUGGAGGAUCCAGAUUUUGUCAGCAGGUGGUUCCAGACGAACCUCCGUGCAUUACUGACCUCUCCAUCCACGAACUUCCUGUUCUGUCUCAGCUCCAGAAACUUCAGCUGCGCCACAUACCCCAUUGUCAUUCAGGCAUUCAACAGCAUAUUUGAAUCCCUGGACACAGAAGAACGGCAAGCAGUUGUGACUCACUUCAGCGUCCCAUUCCUUUCGAGAAACGACUCGUCAGACCCUGGCUGUGUCUUGGCUAGCGCAGACACUCGACAGUGGAUACAGACAAACUUUGACAGGUUCUCUCAAUUUGGAGAGCUGCAGGUUUUCCAGACCCUCAACCCAACUUUCAGCAGUGAGGAGGUCCUGGAACUACUCACGCCUGUUCAGCUGGCAGACGUGGUGGGGACUUCAGUGGACCCCAAUGACACAGCAAUAUUUGAUGAUGUCUUUGACCGGCUUGAAGAUGGCAAUGCCCUGGAAAAUGUGGAAGCAUUCUGCGCAAGAGCCAUAGAGACUGACCUGGCCCAAGACUUGUCACCUCCAGUGAGAGACAGAGUGAUGAAUAGGACAUUCGACAUCAUCGGCCCUGCCUUGCCGAGCUUCAACCAAAGCCGCCUUAUUCUUUGGUUCCGUACGCUAUUGGUUCCAUUCCUUCCCAGUUUCACACCAGAGAUGCUCAGAAACACGACCAGGGGCAUGAACUGCACUAACUACCAUAUAGUUGCCGGGGCCGUGGGCAGUGUUGCCAGCCAGGUGUCCGUGACAAGGCAACAAGAGUUCUUCCAGGUCCUCUGGGCUUUCCUGAACAAUGCUACCGAUGUCAUCAACACACCAGGUAGAGCUAACAUUGUAAACAAGAGUAUCAUACAGUGCCUUGCUUGA